UUGGGUUUUGAGUAUUGCAGCACAUCAGGAAUUGUAUUUGUUGAUAUUUCGGUGAGUUUUCAUAAACAUUUCAUAGUUUUCAUGUUCAUUUUCAGGGAAAACUCGACUAUUUACAAGUUUCGAAGGAUUUUCGAUGGAAAUGGAAAAUUCAAGCGGAUUCUGAUGUUUUGUGAGUUUUUUGUUCAACUUUGAUGCUAGAUGAUAGUGACUCUAGGCAGAAUCUAACAAAAAACAAUUGGAAUUGUUAGUUUUGCAACGAUUUUGGCUGUGAGCCCAUCAAAUUUCAAAUUUUUAUUGAAAAAUCAAUCUGAAAGUGAUUUAAUUGUUGCUAAUUUCAGAAAACGACGUCAAUAUUCGGUAAUAAUGAAUGUGGAGGCUCAACAAAGUGAUGAUUCGCAAAAUAAUACUCGAAUUUUGCGAUUUUCGAGAUUUCGCCACUUUUUGAAGUUUCAAAGCCUAUCCAAACAUCUCUUUGCUCAAAUGUUCACUCAAAUGUUAUGUAAACUGUUUCUUUCAAUGAAUUUGCUAGAUUUUUCCAUGUUUUUAUCCGAUUUCUUUAGGUUUCUUGAUUUCACCAAAAAACGAAAAAUAA